AAGACAUUGAUAUGGACAUGGGGACUGCAUAGGUACAUUAUUGCGUACCUACCAGGUCCUACCUACUAGGGUAUCAUAACUUCAUUAUAUUACAAAGCUCACUCACUACCUACCUCUAUCUACCUUGGUAGACAAUACGCACUAUGAACCUUUUCGCAACAACUCGAACAAAUCCAGCAACGUUACUAACUCAUUUUAGAUGAAACUUACAUCAUUGAUCAUGUUUCCUUCGCCUUUCUUGCCAUGUCUACUCUACACAAGGUAGCAUUAUCCAAGUUUCGGGUUGGGCCCGGUUCUCUGUGGCCAUCCGCUCAAGCCUGGAGCAAAAUACUGUCGCGAUUGACCAGGUCUAGAAGGUGUCGCCAUCCAUCCCUUCGACUGUCUCCUAGUCGUAUAAUAUCUCUUCGUUUGCGAUGCCAGACUGACAGCAAAAAACAUUCAUACGGUCAUGCUUUCAGAUUUGCUGCUCAAAAGCGGGCUGAUAGGCUUCCCCUGAUAAUGCUACAAGCUUGGCUAGCCAAAGAGAAUACUCAAAACGAGCAAAACGAGCCUCUUGUUUCUCCAUAUCUUCACUCAAUCACUCCAUACGAGUGGACUGAACGCUUUGAUGGCUUAGCAUCUCGAGGUUGGUCUGCCCAAGAUGUAGACCAUUGGAUAUGGAUACUAUCUGGAGAGGACGGAGAUACCCGUGUUCAACGGUUGGUCUCGACCGAAUCCCCAAACCCCUUAUUCCUCGUGAAUAUCUUAUCGCGUUGCGAUGAGAGGUUUCGCAAUGCUUCUUCUCCAUUGUCUAUAAUGGCAUAUACGUCCAAGCAUUACUUUAAUUCCCCAAACCCUAUAAAUGUUUAUCAGUUUCUACUCCUACUUCGCCGUCUUGUUCAUCAUACAAUGCGACUGUGCCCUAGGUCAAUUGUCACUGUUGCGCGAUUCACGGUAGAUUACGUUCGAAGUUUAUCACCGGAUUCACAUACCAACUAUUAUCACUUACAGUGUCGAGUUUUCAACACGGCCCUACUUCUGUUUAAACGACCGGCAGUUAUACAGCCUAUGAUUAAUAUGCAAUUCAAUUGGCGCGCCCAAAAAACUCUACUAGUCAUGUCGGAUAACUUGGACACCCCUCUCAUUAUCAAUAAAUUUAGUUACGAAUCCGUUAUGGAAGUCAUGCUUGGAAUGAAAAAGUCCAAAACGGAGAAAGCGGUUGCCAUGAGAUAUGCCAAAUCCUGGCCCCCUUACCGUCAAGAUUUCGAUGGGCUGGAUGCGAAAAGAACUGCCGAGGAUGAUUACUCGCGAACCGUAAAAGCUGGCCAGCUUAUGAAAGAGGCUGGAUAUCCCGAGGAUCACUACGACCGGGCAUUGGGGGCUUUGGGUGGCAAAGGCGCCAACUCUCCUACCAUACAGACCCGUAGUCUUGUGCCACAAGCAUGGAAAGGCAACUCGGAAGAUCGCAACUUGCAUGUUCACUGGGCCAUGUUAGUCCGAGCAACUCGGAAUCCCCAGGAAGCAUGGAAAAUAUUCAUGGACUUUGCCGCAGAGACGGAUAAAGCUCCUAAUGGCCAAGUUUAUGCUGAGAUGUUCAUCAAACUACACAGCCGUCCUCUUCACCCGAACUCAAAAUCACUACUGCCUGGCGACGCUAAGGAAAACUUUCCCAUCCACGAUGCUAACUAUAGCGAGUAUGAGCUGGCUAGGCUAUCGCCUCCCACGAUCCGAGAGUUGUAUGAUCAGAUGAUCAGCUAUGGAGUGAAACCGGAGGGCUACUGUCUCCACGUGCUGUUAUCUAAUGCAGAAUCUCUUGAGGAAGGUGCUCGCUAUCUUCACGAUGCUGGCAUUGAUCCCGUCAGCAUCUCCUCUAUAGCUCUUUUCAAAGAACCAUCUUACCAAGCGCUGCACAAAAUCCCUCUCUUGGUGUUCAAGAGUUACAUUCAACUUCUUUGUAACUUGCAACCUGACCGUCAAGGAGGAAUUAGAUAUUCUUCCGUUGAACUUUAUCGCAUUCGCCAUGCUAUAAAGCUCUCUACCCUUCGAUUGAGACUGGGCACUAGCGAAGGUCAUACUUUUCGACCUCCUUGGCUAAUAAUUUGUAGGGCACUGGCGCGGCCCAAUAUAUGUGUCCUGAAUGGCACACGUCUUGAAAAUGACACCGAGGCUUUGCAAAUGUCUUUGGACAUUUUCAGGAUCGCACAAAAGGCAUCAGGCAUUGAUCUCGACUUUUUUUUCUAUCUCUGCCGCGCAGUUCAAAAAGCCGCUGUAUCACGAAUCCACUAUUGGAGUAGUAUAAGGGAUAGGGGCUUCAUGGAUGAAGCCACAAAGAACGGGCCGUUGGUGCCUUAUCCUGAAACGAUCCAGGACAUUCUCAAGGAAAGCUUUGCUAGCUUUACCUCCCAGGUUGACAAUUCCGAGAACAACUCUGGUUCAUUAUCGGCACCGACAUUUCAGCAAUAUAUCGGACCUGCUCACUUGCACACAUAUAUUCGUACUCUAGCAUUUCUAGAAGACACGGAAGCAAUGAAAGCAUUAUUGCGAUGGAUGAUCAAGCAUAAAGCAUAUAUUAACGAAGAAGCGGAUCGGAUAGAAUAUCGUGGCCACGCAUUGAUUGCCAAGACCUUGUGUGCCUUUCAAGCAUUCGCCGGGCCAAGUCUGAGCGAAGAAGAGAGAGAGGACAUGAGGUUCCAAAUGGAAGCCAGCCUAGACAAUGGAUGUUCCUGGAGAUGGCCUACGUUAGAAGAAGUUGACGCAUAUGUGCAGUCCGAUCGGAGUAGGGGCUCCGAGCUACUACAAAGGAGAAUUUUGGCCAUGUCAUGGCUCCGAUCAUCCGUGGCAGAGGAGUCUCCGUUGGGGAGUCAAGAAACGCCAGCGGCCCAGCAGAUGUUCUCAUAAUAGAAGAAUUGGAAUAUAUCUAGGUACCAUACAUAUGAUACAUAUGUAUGUGCAUCAAUGGAGAUGUACAUGUAAUACUGUACAUGAAGAUGUAACCCAAGCAGUUUAGGUGGAUUCCCGUGGCAGAGCAACAUUGAACGGUUGACUGAUGCAAACAGCAAGGGCACUAUUUUAGUGCCCUAGCUCAGCUUCCUUGUACGAAAAUGUGGCCUUGCAAUUGGCCAAUUCCUUGUGUACAAUACCUUCUGUACAUGCCCAGGGCUAAAUUAGUUACUUUUCCACCCUUUCCUUUCUUCCCGCAAUCCGUCGCGGUCACGACACGUCCAAUUCGAAAACGGCGGGGUCAAUGAUACAGUAGUCUUCAUUCCAAUACUACUUAUGUCUCUUGUUAGUUAAUAGUAAGUACUAAUAUUCAUUGAUUUUAUGCAGU